AUGUCGCUUUCCGCAGCAGCCAAUAAUAUAUCUGAGUCGGAUUUCCAGAACAUAGGGCCCGCUCCAAAACCGCCAGGCGCGUCUUACAACAAAACACAACCGAUCACAAAUUACCUCACACAGCUGGAUUUGAGAGACAAACGUGGGACCAGCGACGUGGGUCGCGACGCGCGCUCCGCGCGCGCUGCGUUCACCAACAAAAACGGUUGGAUACAGUACAAGGACGAUGGAAUACUAUCGUUUCUUUGGCAAAAACGAUACAUGGUGCUAAGCGACUCGUAUCUCACUCUGUACAAGAACGAGCCUCGUUCUGCCAAUGAAGAUGCGGUUUUGCAGAUACCACUGACCACAAUUGUGAGUGUUAGCCGCACGCAGCUCAAACAAAACUGUUUCGAGGUGGUCAGGAACCACGACCGGGGCUCGACGGGCGUCUCGAGCAACAGCAACAACGGUGGAUCCAGUGGAUCAGGCAAUUCGUCGGGCUCGUCCUCUUCGCAGUCGUCGGGCUCGGAUGUUAGCCGGAAAACCAUGUAUAUCUCGACGAAAACAGAAAUCGAAUUGCAUUCAUGGCUGGACGCUAUUUUUGCCAAAUGCCCGCUACUCAGUGGGGUUUCCUCGCCGACUAACUUCACACACAAGGUACACGUCGGUUUUGACCCGGAAACGGGCUCCUUUGUAGGAAUGCCUUCCAAUUGGGAAAAACUGCUGAAGCAUUCGCGAAUUACGGGUGAGGACUGGAACAACAAUUCUGCAGCUGUGAUUCAAGUAUUGCAGUUCUACCAGGAGUAUAACGGCGUGAGCAAUGGUGCUAGUACAGGUACUGGCGCCCCCACCGCUGCUGGCAUCAGUAAUUCGUCUGCCUCCUCGUCGUCCUCCUCAUUACCAAGACAGCAGCAGCAGCAGCAACGACAGGGCUCUCAACCACAACAUUUUCUUCAGAAUCAGCAAAUGCGACAGCCCUCUGCAGACUUGGUCCCACAGCGCAAACCGCCUACGCCCCCAUCUGCAUCCAAUCUGCACCGUCCUGACUUGCAAGUCUCCACCUCCUAUCAAAAUGCACCACCGCACUCAAAUUCUCCGUUGAGCUCCAAAUUUGUAGCUCCUUCGCACAACAGACCUCCUCAAUCGCAUUUGCCAUCUCCGUCCUCGUCGACCCAUAACAUCACAAAUGCUCAGCAAAGUCCCUUUUAUGCGUCCAAGCAACAGCCUCAACCACGUCAGCAAUUGACAUCACAGCAAAGACCUUUCCACCAUCAGGAUCCUUCGCGCUUUCAGCAUAAUUUGCAUAAUCCUUACUCCUCCAAAGCACCUCCUGCACCUUCUCCCUCUAGUUCCAGAGAACAGCUGAAUCAAAGGCGCCCCGCGCAGCGACCACCCAUGGGUAAUUCUCCUUAUUCUACCUCCUCACCUCCACCAAGGCUUCACCCUCAAAGAGUAGCACCAUCUGGUCCUAAGUUGCCCGCGGAAUCGAGCGCAACCACUGCAGCGGCUGCGGCCAUGCGUCAGAAUUCUAAGGAAGACCAAGGAACGAGCUUUCUUCAGCCCAACAGAGAAGCGCCCAAGAAACCAGAGGCAUCGUCUCAUCCAAAGAAAGAUGUUGGGGUUACAAAGCAGCGCAAACCUUCAAAGCCAACCAUGUCUAACGCCGAGAUAAUGGCCAAAUUGAAAAGUGUGACUUUCAACACUGAUCCUAGUCCCUUUUUCCAAAUGGUUGAAAAGGCUGGACAGGGCGCCAGUGGCUCUGUUUACCUUGCUCAAAGAACCCGGUUGCCAACUUAUGAAGACGGCAACAUCAGUGAACAAGUUGGGGAGCAGUACAUUGGAGACAAAGUGGCCAUCAAGCAGAUGAUUCUCUCCAAACAGCCAAGAAAGGAACUGAUAGUGAAUGAAAUCUUGGUAAUGAAAGACUCGCAGCAUAAAAAUAUCGUUAACUUUUUGGAAGCAUACCUUAAGACCGAGGACGAUCUGUGGGUUGUGAUGGAGUAUAUGGAGGGUGGAUCUUUGACCGAUUUGAUUGAAAAUAGUCCUGCCAAUGGGAGCAAUAGCUCGCCUCUGACUGAAACUCAGAUUGCAUACAUUGUGCGCGAAACAUGUCAGGGCUUGAAGUUUUUGCAUGAUAAACAUAUCAUUCACAGAGACAUCAAGUCGGAUAACGUGUUACUAGACACCAGGUCUAGAGUCAAAAUUACCGAUUUUGGCUUUUGUGCCAAGCUUACAGAUAAAAGAAGUAAACGGGCGACUAUGGUAGGAACACCUUAUUGGAUGGCACCCGAAGUCGUGAAGCAACGUGAGUACGACGAAAAAGUGGAUGUUUGGUCACUCGGAAUCAUGACCAUUGAGAUGUUGGAGGGAGAACCACCAUACCUAAAUGAGGAUCCUUUGAAGGCACUUUAUUUGAUCGCGACGAAUGGAACACCAAAGUUGAAACAACCAGAAACGCUAUCAUUAAAAAUAAAAAGAUUUUUGAGCGUCUGCUUAUGCGUAGACGUCAAGUACAGAGCCUCGACAGAGGAACUGUUGCACCACAGCUUCUUUGAUAUGAGCUGUGAGCCAGCGGAGCUAAAUCCACUACUCGAGUGGAAGAAAUAG